AUGGCCGUCCCAAUACUACCAGACCAGCCAACCACGUUUCCAUUCUUCCUCAAGCUCCCAUACGAUCUUCAAGUUCAGAUAUGUGGUUUAUUCUGCGCCCAUUGCCGUAAUGACCCACCACCCCUCGUUAUAUACGAGGAUGAUAUGUGGGAUAAACCCCUGCGAGCACUCUCACAGACGUGCCGCGCUGUAAAGGACAUUGCGCAACCUAUGUACUUCCAUUGCCCGUACACUCGUAGGCACGGGCAGUUCAUUCGGCAUAUGAGAAGAUACGCCCAUCUUGCUCAGCAUGUCCGCGUAUUUGCCGACCACAAAGCUGCAUUGGUCGAGAAGCUGGGAACGCAAUUACAUCAACGAAUCGGAUAUACUCUAUCUCAAACAGCUGCUGGUGAUAAGAUACCAUAUACCGCCAUUCGCAACUUUUUGAAGAAGUGCACAUCGCUGCAAAAGGUGUCCUUCUCACACGAAGACCCCGGCCUGUGGAAAGAAGAGGGAUCCCUCCUAUUUUAUCCCAAGCAAGCAAUUAACACGCUGAGCCCGGUAGCAGCAACGCUUGAAAGGCUUGUAUUAUUCUGUGGCCAUUCUAUGAUUCCCAAUUUAGCUCAGUCGUCGCUUCUGACGGAUGAGCUUCAUGCCUUUACACGCCUUACUGUUCUCGACCUUGACGAGCAGAAUGUGGUAUCCUUCGUUGGAAGAGGAACAGUACCUGGACGCGGUCAGUGA